AUGGACAUGGAUGGCAAUGUUGUGACGGUGACCAAGGGCGCAGGUGGCCACACGUUGCUCUCCACGAGCACGGAUGAGCUCGUCGGCGUCGCCGAAGUUUCUUCCUCUCGCGUGAUCGACCCGGCCACCGGAAAGGUGCUCGCCUAUUCCUCGCCGAUGCAAAUGUUCGGGUUCUACAUCAUGUUUGGUUUCGGUCGCGCCAUCCCGUCCGGUGAGUACAAGAUGGUACGCCUCGUGAACAACCAGACCUUCGAGAUCUUCACUCUAGGAGACAACGCGGGGUGGUGGAGGUCGAAGCUGCCCCCAAUUCGCACCAAUAAUGGAAGCUCUCGUGUCACCGCCAAUGGGGUCAUGUACUUCAUGGUCUCAAGGAAGCUAGACGAUGACGGCUUACUUCGCUUUGACCUCGAGAGCGAAGAGUGGAAGCCGGCCAUAAAAGGCCCGCCGAUAACAUCAAGCCCCGAGGCGUGGUGGAAUGGUACACAAUCGGUCCGCAUAGCGGAGCUCAACGGCUUCUUGUGUGUGAUUCAAUCGGAGACGCAAGCAACGAGUAAUCACAACUGCACCAACGUAUGGCUCCGUGCUGAUGACUCUUGGAUCAAAGCGUACUCGAUCCCGGCAGCCCCUUCGUCCUAUUAUUACAUGCCAUUGAGGAUCACACAUGAUGGUGGCAAGUUGAUAUUCUACUGUUUUUUCCAUGGACAAGGACACUUGCUUCGAGCCUACGAUCCUGCCUCCAACACAUGUACAACGCUACGGAGAUUAGACGACACUACUGAAAAAGUUGGUCUUUGCAGUUUGCACUUGGACCGUUUUGUCUUGAACAAGAUCUAG